GGAGCUAAACAGACACAGACACACAGAGGGAGCACAAUUCCACCCUCUGCCUCUCUGUCCUUUCCCACUGCUUCUGGAGAAGGAGGAACAAGACACCCUCACAAAAAGACCAGGCUGGGAAGAAAGCAGAUAACCUCCCAUCACCUCUGCCCAAGAAACUGCCAUCUACACCCCCCACCCCCCCAAAAAAUAGACCAUUAAUAGACCUCAGCAUCCAGGGAGGACCCCCAGCUAUGCUGUAACCCCAGCAUCCAGGGAGGACCCCCAGCUAAGCUGUGACCCCAGCAUCCAGGGAGGACCCCCAGCUAAGCUGUGACCCCAGGAUCCAGGGAGGACCCCCAGCUAAGCUACCCUAGCAUCCAGAGAGGACCCCAAGCCAAGCUGUAACCCCAGCAUCCAGGGAGGACCCCCAGCUAAGCUGUGCUGAAGCCUUGAAAACCGUGAUGUCACAGAUCUGACCGCACUCUUCCCAAUAUGGAGUCUGCAGAGAGGUUAACGGCAAACCCAACAUCAGCAACAUCUUCCUCACCAUCAACACCAUCUGCAGUCAUUUCUAAAGGAGGACUUUCCACCGGAGUAACACCUCUCAGCUCCACAAUCACAGCUUGCGGACACUUGUUCAGAGCCUCCGGAGAUCAGCCGUUCAAUCUGUCGAGUGCCUUUCCAAUGGUCAGCCAUCCCAUCUUCGGUCUACAUGCAGCCAGCUCAGGGCAUUCCGAAUUUGGUGGUUUGGGAACGCUUGGUACACCCACAGCCUUAGCAGCACACCCUCAGUUAGCACCUUUUCCAGAGUGGUGGCGUGCAACUGACCCACAUACCCGCGCAGCAUUUUUCCCACCUCUUCUCGGGAUUCCACCUUUAUUUACUACUCCAGUACAAAAUCAUGACUCUUCUUUCCAUCUCCGAAACUCCGGAAAAACUGUCCGCAGUGGCACAGAAAAAGGUAUAAAUGGAUCCUUGAAUGGGAGCAGCCCAACAUUAUUGACCAGUAACUGCACAGCUGCAUUAUCAACAACAAAUGCAAAUACUGUUGGACAAACAAAGAGCGCAGCCUCGGGAGGUGGUGGUCGGCCAUGUAACCAGGAGCAGAGCAAGACGGAUGCUAGAAAUGAAAAAAUGAAAGAUGAGCAUAAACAAAGGAAGAAAGUGGUGGAGAGUUCUAGUUCCAGUGACUCUGGCUCCUCUUCCGACACAUCAAGUGAUGGGGUCAGCAGUAGCGAUUCUGAUGACUUGGAGGAGGAAGACCAAAGUUUAGACGAAAGCGAUGAUGACGAUUCCGACUCUGAGAGUGAAGCACAAACUAAAUCUAAGAACAAGGUGCUAUUACAUAAAAUACCAGAUUUAAAAAUGGAUGGAACAAAGUCAGAGAAAUCGCAGGAGAAAAGACCACACCAGCAGUUACCUCUUCUUCCUGACUCUCAGACGCGCUCCCCGUUCCAAUCCCAACAAAAACAUGCUCAGGUUUUGUCCCAGCAUCUUCCCUUUGUUUUUCAAAGUUCUCAGGCCAAGGAGGAGGCAGUGAACAAACACACAAGUGUAAUCCAGUGUACUGGACUGGUAUCCAAGCCUUUAUCUUUAUUAAAUCAAUCCAACAAGGAAAAAAAUUUAAAACUUGGAGCUAACCCUUCUGAUGGACUCAAAACAGGGAACAAAAAUACCUCGGAAGAAUCAACCCAAUCACCCAGUGACUUGAGAAUAAAAAGGGAUCAACAGAAACAGGCAUUCCCAGCACAGUUAAACAAGCCACAAGAAGGCUCCAAACACCAGAAAAAGACUAUUGCAGGUCUACCAGUCCCAAGUUCUGUGUCUAGCUCUUUAGUUCAUCAACAGACAUGUUUAGAGAAUAACCACUCAAACCCUUUCCUGACAAACGCACUUCUAGGUAACCACCAGCCCAACGGGGUCAACCCCUGCAUUAUCCAGGACGCUCCUCUUGCACUUACCACCAAAGUAAGGAGCCAGACUAAACCAAACGAUGGAGCCACAUCAUCACCUGCUUCCCCUUUUUCCUCCCCACUCAAUCUAAGUCCUUGUGUGAAGAAAACCCCUUCCAGCAAAUCUGUCCAUAGAUCCACAGCCUCUCCCAUCUUACAAAACCUUUGUAAAGAGAAAGUUUUGCUAACUAAUUCUACACCAGCAACAAAAACUUCCCAUCGUCUCAAUUCAGCAAAGUCACUCCUGGACAAAUUCCGUGGGACUGAUUCUGAUAUUCCCAGCAGCAAGGAUUCUGAUGAUUCCAUUGAAGAGGAUGAUGAUGAAGAUGAGGAUGAUGAGGAUGAUGAAGAUGACGAAGAAGAGGAUGAUGAGGAUGAUUCUGAUAGUCAAUCAGAAUCUGACAGUAAUUCAGUAUCUGACUCAGAUGGGUCAGAAGAAGAUGACGAUAAAGAUCACGAUGACUCUGAUAGUGACACAGAAGGAGAGAAAUCCCUAUUGAAAUUUAACAAAACCACCUCAUCUGUGACCAGCACAACGAACAAUAUCACGGCUCUCUCCACGCCCCUAAACCUACAGGUGGUAAAAAAACCUAGCUCCGCACCAGGCGCUCUCUGUCCAGAGGCACAGUCCCCAGACUUUCUUGGUACAUCUUCAUCUCUCAGCCCAAGCACACCAUGUGUUUCAGGCAAAAGACGAAGAGUAACAGAUGAACGAGAGCUGAGAAUGCCAUUAGAAUAUGGCUGGCAAAGGGAAACCAGAAUUAAGAACUUUGGUGGACGUCUUCAAGGAGAAGUGACUUACUUUGCACCAUGUGGAAAGAAAUUCAGGCAGUACCCAGAAGUAAUGAAGUAUCUCGGCAGACAUGGAAUAAGGAAUAUCUCAAGGGACAAUUUCAGCUUCAGUGCAAAAAUAAGAGUGGGUGACUUCUAUGAAGCGAGAGAAGGACCACAGGGAAUGCAGUGGUGUCUUUUGAAUGAUGAGGAAAUAGUUCCACGGAUCCGAGCCAUGGAGGGUCGGCGAGGACGGCCUCCUAAUCCAGAGAGGCAGCUAGCGCGAGAAGAGUCGAGAAUAAAACGACGAAAAGGGCGACCACCCAAUGUGGGCAGCACUGAACUUGUAACAAAUGAUGAUGCAAAGCUGUUAAGGAAGCUUCAAGCGCAAGAAAUAGCCAGGCAAGCAGCACAAAUCAAACUUCUUCGUAAGCUUCAAAAGCAGGAACAAGCAAGAGCUGCUAAAGAAGCAAAAAAACAGCAAGCUAUCAUGGCUGCAGAAGAGAAAAGAAAGCAGAAGGAACAAAUCAAACUUUUGAAACAACAGGAGAAAAUAAAGAGGAUUGAGCAAAUUAGAAUGGAAAAAGAACUUCGUGCCCAGCAAAUCUUAGAGGCUAAAAAGAAAAAGAAGGAAGAAGCAGCAAAUGCCAAAUUAUUGGAAGCCGAGAAACGAAUAAAGGAGAAGGAAAUGAGGAGGCAGCAGGCAGUCCUUAUGAAACAUCAGGAGUUGGAGAGGCAUAGAAUAGAUAUGGUAUGGGAGCGAGAGAGGCGAAGGCAACAUGUCAUGCUAAUGAAAGCAGUAGAAGCUCGUAAAAAGGCAGAGGAGAAGGAACGUUUGAAGCAAGAAAAACAAGACGAAAAACGAUUGAACAAAGAACGGAAACUUGAACAGCGAAGAUUGGAGCUGGAGCUGGCAAAAGAACUUAAAAAGCCGACUGAAGAUAUGUGCUUAGCUGAUCAAAAGCCUUUACCAGAACUACCACGUAUACCUGGUCUUGUUCUCUCUGGUAGCACGUUUUCCAACUGCCUUAUGGUGGUACAGUUCCUCCGGAACUUUGGCAAGGUGCUUGGUUUCGAUGUGCAUGCUGAUGUCCCCACACUAAGUGUCCUACAAGAAGGCUUGUUGAAUAUGGGUGACAGCAUGGGAGAGCUACAGGACCUGCUGGUCAGGCUCCUGUCUGCAGCUGUAUGUGACCCAGGAGUCCCACCAGGAUACAAGGCUAAAACUGCUCUCGGUGAUCAUCUGAUGAAUAUUGGGAUAAACCGCGACAAUGUUUCAGAGAUACUUCAGAUCUUUAUGGAAGCCCACUGUGUACAAUCUGAUCUUACCGAAAGUCUUAAGACCAAAUCUUUCCAGGCACACACUCCAGCACAGAAAUCCUCAGUUCUGGCAUUUCUGGUUAAUGAGCUUGCAUGUAGCAAAAGUGUAGUCAGUGAAAUCGAUAAAAGUAUUGACCACAUGUCAAAUUUAAGAAGGGAUAAGUGGAUGGUUGAAGGCAAGCUACGCAAGCUGAGAAUGAUACACGCUAAAAAAACAGGAAAAAAGGACUCCAUGGGCGGCAGUGAAGGAGGGGAUGAGCAGCAUCUUCUGGGAACACCAACUCAAGUGCGGAGACGCCGGCGGAAGGGACCUGACAGUGACUAUGAUGAUGAUGAGGACGAUGACAGUGAUGACCAGGCUGAGGAUGACGAUGACGACGAAGAUGACAAAAAAGGGAAAAAAUCUGAAACCUGUGAUGAUGAGGAUGAUGGGGACCAGGCGGCCACAGUUGAGGAACUAGAGAAACAGAUUGAGAAAUUACUUAAGCAACAAAAUCAGAUCAGAAGGAAGUUAUUUGAAUCCUCCCAUUCCUUGCGGUCAAUGAUGUUCGGUCAGGAUCGGUACCGGCGCAGAUACUGGAUUCUUCCCCAGUGUGGUGGGAUUUUUGUGGAAGGCAUGGAGAGUGGAGAGGGUCCAGAAGAAAUGGCCAAGGAAAGAGAAAGACAAUGGAAAGCAGACAACAUCCAGGUAAAAGAAGAGACAUUUGAAAGCUUUGAUGAAAAAGUCAACGGUUUGAACCCAAGUAAUGGAAACACUAAAGAUCACAGGGAUAAGGACAGCACAAACUUGUUUCUUCAAAAGCCAGGCUCCUUCUCAAAACUUGGCAAACUGCUGGAAGUGGCAAAACAUCCUGAAAUGGACAACAUUACCCAAAAACCAACUGUUUCGCCAAAUGGAUGCUCCAUACCAUACCAAAAUAACUCGCGGAAUACUUCCAUCAGCCUGCAACCAAGUACAUCUCAGAGCAAUCCUGAAAAAACAGACUUGAACCCAUUCAGUCCAGUUGUGAGUGGAUCGGGAAAGUUUUACAAUUCUCCAGUAAUUGCCAAUGAGCAGCUGCUUAAAACUCUUACAGAUCGGAGUAAGCAGUGGUUCAGCCUGCUGCCGCGGUCACCAUGUGAUAAUACAUCACUAACUCACGUAGACUCAUCAACACCUAAUCCUUCCACAACGCAGUCUUGUAUGCCUUCUCAGUCGCCAUCUCCGGUUCCUUCUCCAAUCGGGAAUUCAUCGUCUUUACAGAACCCCAUUGGGUUAAAUCCAUUCACAAUGAAUCCUCUUCAGAUAAAACCCGGUAUGCCUCUCAUGGGACUUCAGUUUUGCGGAUGGCCAUCGUCUGUAAUGCCAGCGAACCUUCCAUUUUCCUCCCCAAUUCCUGGUCUGGGGUUAGGAUUACCCGAAGGGAAUAAUCAUUCGUUCUUGACACCCAACGCUUCAUCAAGCAAAAGUGAAUCUCCUGCUCCACACAGUGAUAAAUCAGUGUGUACACCCUCCUCUGCUGUUGAGAUACCGAAACCAGUAGAUUUUCCUACUGCAAGACCUAUACCAGAAGAAAUGCGUUAUGGUUGGUGGAGAAUAACGGACCUGGAAGACCUGAAAUCUUUGCUGAAAGUUCUUCAUCUCAGAGGAAUCAGAGAGAAAUCAUUGCAAAAGCAAGUUCAGAAGCACUUUGAUUAUAUUACUCAAAGCUGUUUGAAAAAUAAAGAUGCUGCUAUUAUCGAAAUUAGUGGACAAGAAGAAUAUGAGCUGACUCAAGACCUUAUUGAGAACUGGUCUGUGGAAGAUCAGGAAAUGGAGGUGGACAUGGCAAUCCUUCAACAGGUGGAAGAGCUUGAAAGAAGAGUUGCCUCUGCUAGUUUGCAAGUAAAGGGAUGGAUGUGUCCAGAACCUGCCUCCGAGAGAGAAGACUUGAUAUAUUAUGAACAUAAGUUAGUCACAGAUUGGCACAUGGAGCACGAUGGCGAGCCCACAGCAGAUGAAGGAGGCAAUACAAAUGCUCUAGAACGGAAGAGUGACAACCCUCUAGAUAUAGCAGUAACCAGGCUGACUGACUUGGAGAGGAACAUAGAGCGAAGGUAUCUGAAGAGCCCCUUAAGUACCACCAUUCAGAUCAAAGUGGAUAAUGUGGGCACAGUUACUGUCCCUGCUCCUGCACCAUCUGUUAAUGGUGAUGGUGACGGAACCGAAGAUGACAUCGCCCCAGGUUUGAAAAUAUGGAGGAAGGCGCUGUCAGAGGCACGGAGCGCAGCUCAAAUCUCAUUGUGCAUCCAGCAAUUACAGAAAUCUAUCGCAUGGGAGAAAUCCAUUAUGAAAGUUUACUGCCAAAUCUGCCGUAAAGGAGAUAAUGAGGAACUGCUGCUCUUGUGCGACGGCUGUGAUAAAGGAUGUCACACGUACUGCCAUAAACCUAAAAUCACUGCUAUACCCGAGGGUGACUGGUUCUGCCCUGCUUGUAUUGCCAAGGCAAGUGGGCACACUUUGAAAAUGAAAAAAGCUAACUUGAAAGGUAAAAAAGGUUCUGAUCCAAAGAAAUGCAAAAAAUCAACUGGUGACAUGGAAGAUGAUGAUUCUGCAGUGACGGGAAAUUCUGGAAAGAAAGGGAGUAAAGAACCAAAAAAACGAAAGCUGGAAGAGAAUAGUUUCAGUCCCACAAAACAAGAAUGUUCUCCUCCUUCUAAGAAAGCAAAAACCACAAAGGAGGAUUGGAAAGAUCUCAACCUGUGCAGCAUCAUCUUGUCUGAAAUGGAAUCUCAUGAGGAUGCCUGGCCUUUCCUACUUCCUGUAAACUUGAAACUUGUUCCUGGCUACAAGAAGGUUAUCAAGAAACCCAUGGACUUCGCUACAAUUAGAGAAAAACUGAGCAAUGGACAGUACCCUAACUUUGAGGCAUUCGCCUUGGAUAUCAGACUUGUCUUUAACAACUGUGAAACCUUUAACGAAGAUGACUCUGAAAUAGGCAGAGCAGGACACAAAAUGAGAAUCCAUUUUGAAAAAAGAUGGACUGAAAUCUUCAACAUGAGCUGAAAGUGUUCUCAAAUCACACAUCCCAAGUGCACAAGAAGACCAGCAAUGUGAAUGGUUUACACAGAAGUGCAAGAAUUAUUUCAGUACUAUACAACAAAUAAAUGAUUUUCGCGUGACCAUGGUACAUCUAAUUUUUUUCAUUCCUUGCAAAAAUCAUAGCCCUUAUUUUUUGGUCUGUUGUUGUGUCCUCUACUGGCAAUGUGGUAGGGAUGCACACCCAAAGAAAUUCAUAAAUGGGGUGUCAUAGUGCAAUAGCUAUUAAAGUAUACUGAAAAAAACGCACUGAAUCUUCAACCGCAAGAACUGUACUGAGGAAAUGGAUCGCCAUUCCUGUUCAAUAAAAGACAUAAAGACCAUUUUUUUGUUACUUUAUAUAUAUGUUUGUUUUUGUUUUCAUAUUUUUUUAGUGAAUGUAUUUAAUUUUGUGAAUUAUUUAUAAUUACACACCAGACCGAAUCUUCGUUUUCUGUGAAAAGGAAGACUAGAGACGAAAAAUUGCUUUAAAUCUUGAAAAUACAACAAGAAUGUUUAAAUAAAAUAAACAAGCCAAGUAAAACCUGUUUACACUGAUGUGCUACAGCAGCACUUAAAUGGAACUUUACUGUAGAGUUACAAGAACAUUUAUAUAAAUAUACAUAUGUUUCUGCAUCACUCAUGUAGUUAAAUUGUAUUUCAAGAUGGUGAAAAUGAAACAAGAAGUAUGUAUAUACUGUUCAUUAUUGUUUAUAUUAAGUCUUGUUUAAAUAUGUAUGAUGUGUACAUAUUGUUUGUAGACAUUAUUUAUGAUGUCUGCCUUAGAAGGAUUGUAGCAUUUAAUUUUAGUCUUCAGGUGCAAAUCUAUAGCUUGUACAGUAUCCUCUACUAAAACUGUGGAGUCUUAAUAUUGGUAGUGCCUGCAUUUAAAACAGGGUGUAGGGGAUAUUUUAGUUUUCCAUUUUCUUUUUUUUUUUUCUUUUCUAUUUUGUUAUAAUUUCAAGCCAACUAGGCCUAAACAAUACAAGUAUAAUCAUUUGUAUCCAUGUGAAAUAAUCUUGUGACAAUUUCCUACACACAGUAUUUUUACAUAGAUACAUUUCCCUUCCUUUGCCUUGCCACAGAAGUAACAAUAAAGCAAAGGCAUUUGUAACCACUGUGUUUUAUCUACUGUGUGUUAUGGUGGCCUGCUGGAGGCAAAAAAGAUCAGACAUUUUUUGUACCAAUUGUACUUGAAGUUGUUUUAUUUAAAACAAAAAUGUUGUGAAAAGGGUAGUUUUUUUCACUAGUAUGUGUGGCACGGAUACAAUAAAAGACUGUUUUACAAUAA